AGACUGGGUGGGCCGAGCCCCGGGGACAUCGACUUGUGGCUCACCAAGCGGCUAGGGGUGUGUGUCUGUGAGGACUCGUCCUGAGGCAGCAUUCGGCCCCUGGUGAGGCUGGUGAAGAUCACUGGCCACUCCGUGCCCUGGUUCAUCAGCACCUUGUACUGUCUACUCCGUGGUGAAACCAUCCCUUUAAAGCUGCAUUAGGUUAAUGGUCUGGACAGUGUCACACACAGAGCUGCGUAAUUGGCCAAAGCUCAUCAAUUCACGAAAGUGUCUGAUAUUGCAUUCGUAUCCUUUAUAAAAUCUGGCGAUUCAUUUUGCGUUCUGUGGUAGACAAAGAGCAGUAUCCAUUUUAAUCGUGGCUCCAUCAUCGAGUCGUUCUGUAGUAGCUGGCAUGGCGAUGGGCCUGCGCCAAAGACCAGGGCCCAUGGAAAGUUCUUUCCUUUCAACCUCCCGAUUUACAGUGUCAACUCUGGAGAGACACAGGAAAUACAGCAGCAGCGUUUACAUGCCACCGCAUUUGGGUUGUUGAUGAGAGUUCUUAAGGGUUAGGCCUACCCGGAUUGUCAUAUUUUCCUAGUGGAAGUGGAAGACUUCCCAGGUCCCAGGAUGGGCAAUGAUGACCUUCUAUUUAGAAGCUUUUUAAGACUCUUUAGAACCUUGUAUGGGCUAACAUUUGACCAAAAUGACAUUUGUGGUAUGUUGACUUGAAACAUCCUUUUGGCCCCAUACAACUCUUCCUUGCUCACUCUCUGUUUCUCUCUUCCCCCCUCCCCUUCCCCUCAUCCUCAGCUCUACUCCUGGACCUGGGUCUGGUCCAGAUUGUAAAGACUUUGUUCCGUCGCCGGAGGCCUCCCGCCCAGAACCGCUCCAACAUAUUCUCUACCUUCUUCGUGGAGCGUUACUCUUUCCCCUCCAUCCACUCCACGUGGGCUGCCAUGUGUGCUCGCUUCCUGCUGGCCCAGCUGGUGGUGACAGCCCCCCUGAGGGGCCUGGUGCUGGGCCGGCCUGGUGAGCCUGUCCCGAGUUCUGUGGGGAGGCACUACGUUACGGAUGUUGGCUUCGGCCUGGCCAUGGGCUACUACCAGUACGGCCUGGUGGAGAGGCUUUGGCUGCUGUGGGACUGCCUACAGGACCUCCAUGACAUGGUACGGAGCCUGGGAUAG